CUUUUUAAAAAUGAAAGUAGAAGAUAAUAUUAAAGAACAGUCAGAAGUAUGCAGUGAAAAAAUAAAAUAAAGAAAGGAAGGAAUGUCGUUCUUCUAGUUAUAUUUAUCCUUUUUAUAGCAUCCUUUGGCCUUAAAUAGGAAACCAUUGUUUGAGGAUGAUAAAAAGAUGACUAAGAAGAGUCCUCAAAGUAAUAAGAGAAGACGCGGAGGUCGUAGACAUUCUUCUGCUUCUACUAUUUUAAACACAAAAGAAACAAGUGUAAAUGAUAGUGUAGUAGGGGAUAAUGAUCAUGAGGUAAAAAAUAACGAAUCAACAAUUUUAACGGCUCAUCAUAAUCGUCACCGUCGCAGAAGCAGUUCUAGUAUACAUAAUAAACAGAGACAUCAGAAGCAGAAUAACGAACAAGAAGAUGAUUCGCCUGCUUUUUAUUCACUUGUGGAUAUUAUUGGUGAAAUGAGACGACUACCUUCUUUAUCAUCAAAUUCACUUCAAUAUCCUGAGAAAUGGAAGCGAGUACGUAGACAUUCUGAACCUCCUCAACAAAAUCAACGAUUUGCUGGGAUAAACUCUACCAGAACUGGUGCAUCAUUACAACCCAUUUAUGAACAAAGUUUACCAAACGAUGAAGUUUCCAAUCAUCCUCACGUGAAGCUAGACUUUCCUGCUUCUUCCUUUUUAUCUUUUGAAGAACAAAAUGAAGAUGGUUUAGAAGACGUUCUAGUAUCACCUUUAACUAUAGAUAAUCAACUUACUAAAAGGAAUCGUAGUAAAUCAGUACCAAACACAUUAAAACCCUAUGAACAUAUAACAACUCGAAAACCCCUUUAUCCUACUUAUUUAAGUGUAUCAGAAGCUUCAGCUCUAAUACGUUCCCGUAAACUCUAUUCGGGUAUUCUUAAAAUUGACGCUCAAGACAGCUCUAAUGCUAAUGUUGAAUGUGAAGCAUUAGAUGCUUCCAUUUACAUUUUCGGAUCACGCAAUAGAAAUCGGGCACUUAAUGGAGAUGAAGUUGCAGUUAUGCUUGUAAGCGUAGACGAGAUGUUAAAUGAAAAACGAAUAAAAAGACAAGUACGACUAACAAGACGAUUAUCUGCAUUAUCAUUACACGCAACCAGUCUUUCUUCUAUUCCUGAAGAUCAUUUUUUAGAAGAAGAAAAUAUAAUAGAUUUUGAAAGUAAACCAAAAUAUUGUGGAAAAGUAGUUUGCAUCCUUGAAAGACCGAAGAAUAUGUUAUUUUCAGGAACUUUGUCAUUAAAUCGUCCCACUCCAAAGACAUUGGAUCAUGGAAUGAUUCGAGACAAUAAUAAAAAGGAGGCACAUCAUCCAAAGAUCAUUUGGUUUAUUCCAGCUGACAAACGAUUACCUCUUGUUGCAGUUCCUAUCAAAUUUGCGCCAUCCAAUUUUAUAAAAUAUCAUGAAGAAUAUAAGAAUAGGAUCUUUAUUGGUAAUAUUCAACGUUGGCCAGCUACUUCACUUCAUCCAUUUGGUACUAUUGAAAAAGAGAUUGGUUGGAUAGGUGAACUUCGAGUUCAUUCAGGUGCAUUAAUGGCAGAUCACCAUAUUAAAGAUAUUGAUUUUCCAGAUGCAGUCAUAAAAGCUACACAAACUGUACGUAAAGGAAUCAGACAUGAGGAUAGAAAAGGAAGACUUGAUUUAACAAAGGAUAAUAAGCAUUUAAAUAUAUUUACAUUUAGUAAUGAUAAACAACAAAGUAUAGAUAAUGCAUUUUCGUUUAGAAUAGCAGAAAAAGGAAUCUACGAAGUAGGCAUUCAUAUCCCUGAUAUGACAAAAUACAUUCGAGAAAAUACACCUUUAGAUCAUGAAGCACGGGAGAGAGCCUGUGUAGUCAACUUGGUUGAUAAAACGAUCCCAAUUUUACCACUUGAUUUCAUUGAAUCUCAUCACAGCCUUCGUAUAGGUGAAGAACGGUUAACAUUUUCUAUAAUCUGUCGCUUUACAGAAACUGGACAACUUUUGCAUACAUGGAUAGGAAAGACGAUUAUCAAAGUUAAAGAGCAAGUAAAAGUAUAUGAAGAUGAUAUUACAAAUGAUGCAUAUCAAUUAUUGGAACUUUGCCGAAAAUUACAACAAAGACGUCUGAAUAAGGAAGGAGGUUUAGUUAUUGCAGAUAAACAGCAAACUAUAUCAUUUCAGCUGGCUGAAAGUGGUUAUCCAACUACAAUUAAACAUACAAAGCAAAGAAAAGUGGAUAUCUUGAUUCAAGAGUUAUUAAUUUUGGCUAAUAUUGAAGUUGGACAAAAGAUAUCUAGCCGAUUCCCUGAUCAGGCGCUUUUGUAUAGACAAGACGCGCCAAAAAUGUCGAAAUUGGUCAUGAUUCAAGAUUAUUUCCAUCAUGAGGAAGGCUCAAAGGACACAAUUAAAGAUCUUUUAAAGCUAACUCAAGAGACAGAACUUUCUGUUGAAAAACAACAGGUUCUCAACUACAUCAUACAGCAGGCCAUUCCUUCACCUAAAUUUUUUAGUGCUGGAUCGUUAGAUAUUUCUAAAUACAAACAUUAUGGGUUCGGUGCUUCUAUCUGUACUCUAUUUACAGAGCCUUUUAAAAGUUAUGCUUCCAUCCAUGUUCAAAGACAGCUAAAUGCCGUCUUGAGAGGUGAGGCUCAACAAGAGGACGAUGUCAACUUUGAUACAAUUGAUAAAAUUGCUCGUCACUGUAAUGCAUCUUAUCUUUCUAAGCUAGCAGCAGAAAGAGAAAGUAGGAAACUUUAUACAGAGGCCUACAUUCACACUCAAUGCCUUUCUACAGGAGGGGAUGAUGAUAAGAAGAAAAGAAGAAUGAUUAUGACAUCGUAUAUAAUUGGAUUAGAUAAUGAUUUAAUUCAAUUAUAUAUUCCAGAUUAUGGCCUGGAGAUACCCAUUAUCUUGGAUGAAAAGUCGAUACCUGGCGCUGUAGAUCAUAUUUAUGACUCCAUCUUGAAUGAAAUGAAAAUUAUUUGGAAACGUUAUGAUACUACUACUACUUCGCCUGACGAAGAAGUACAGAUACUGAAAUUCCUAUCUCCUGUUGAAAUUAGUGUUCAUAUAGAUAUGAAAUCUAUAAGACCUCUAUUUGAAAUAGAACUUAUGAGAUCAUAAAAGCACACAUACAUCAAAUAAAAAAAAAACGAAAAAAAAGGUGUAUAUAGUCAUACAAAUUAAAAAAGGCAAUCUUAUUCCCGGGAAUUGCGUCAUGGUAUAUAUAAUUUCAUAGCGCGCAUGACGUAUAAAAGUAUAUAUUUGUAUAUAUAUUUAUAUAUUUAUUUAUAUAUAUGCAUAUCAAGUAUACACGUAUCUCGAAAAUGAUCCUACUUUAAAGCAAAUAAUUAUAUACUACAUACUAUUUUAUACACGAAUAAAUGUCUAUGUUAGCUUAUUUAUUAUGAUUACGGUUUUAUGCUUAUUAUAUCUAAUAAAGGAAUUAAGUUUCAGUCACAAAAUUAUUAAA